AUGAAAACUUCUUCUACUGACCUUCUGCUAAUAAGUAAUAUCGUUGUUACAAUUAUUCCUUUCAUAAAUGCAACAUUUCUUGAGCCCCAUCUCCAAGGGGUGAGAAGGCGUGACAGUAGAAGUUCUGAUUCCGAGCACGAUGAAAGAUCCACUGAAGAUGAUGAAAGGUCUCUCAUACGUAGUUCUCCACGAACGAGGCUGCCGCCACCCCCGCCUCCACCUCCAGAUGACGAGCCCCCGCCGAUGAAACCCAGAGAAUUUUUCGAGAGAUUGCAAAGCCAAGCUAUGAGAGAAGCUCAAGAUAGAAAACAAAGACGAGAUCUCAAAGAAACAAGCCACCUCUUGAGGCCUAUAGAUGCUGAAGGCAGUUUAGGAGACAGCCUCAGUCAGAGUCGAGAAAGCCUUUCAUCAGACGGUGAAGGCGCUAAAGGCGACUGCUCUUCAGUAGGGUCCUCAGGUUCAGAAUCCGAAGAACAACCACCAUGCGACAUCGGCUUAUUGGAGAGAUUAAUACGAACGCAUCCUGUUUGGUUCCUACCCGGGAUACAAAGAGCUGGUGCCUUUCAUUUGCUUCAGGGCAAGGAAGAAGGAAACUUUGUGGUACGCCAGUCGAGUCAGCCUGACACAAUGGCGAUCAGCGUCCGGCUACCCGCAGAUAAAGGGCCGUAUAUAGAACACUAUCUGAUCCAAUCCACAAGCGGCCGUAUCGGCCUCGAAACUUCUCACAAUCGCUUCGAUAAUAUACCAGAGUUGAUCGCGCAUUAUUCUCAGUGCUGUGAUGAGUUACCAGUACAAUUGCAGCUACCGAAGCCGUUACGAGAAGCAAAAAGUCGCCAUCAACUUAGCUCUCUUGCAUUACUCGGCCAAGAGUUUUGGGGUUAUCCAAUGGCUAAUCCAAAAAAUAACCCCAAUAACCUUCUAUCGCCAUGCCAAUUGGCAAAUGGAGUUGUUCCAAUGGCAGUUACGCCGUCUGAUACUGGAUCUAGUCUAAGCAGUUUUAAUGCCAGUACAUUAACAAACUCCAGAGAACAGAUCUUAAGUCCAGAUAAGGAUCAAAACGUGAUAUUGAAAAUGUCACCAGUAGAUACAUCUAGCUCUCCACCCAGUCAAAGCCAAAGCUUAAGUACAUUUAAGGGUAGAACUGCACCUUCGCCACCAGCAAAACCGACUGGAUCAUUCGUUAGAGCACCCCGACCUACCCCACCGAAUACUCUAAAUCUUAUAUCCAGUACCGCGCAUAUAACACAUCCUCACACAUUUCCAACCGCAAACAAUCAUUCUCCCACACAUUCUAACAAUGUAAAAACUACCCCACCUCCACCGCCGCCCAGAUGGGCGAAGCCCCCAUUCUCAAAAGUUUCCUUAUCCCCAAAAUCAGAGGCAUUAACCUUUAGUCCCAUUAACAAAGCAAAUGGAAACAUAACAGUGACGACUACAGUAACAUUCAGCGUCAAUAAUACACAAAUACACAAUCACCAAAUAAAUGAAAGCAUACAAAGCGACCGGUUGCAACUAACGCUUGCGUCUAAUGCCAUAAAAAAUAACAAUGCCGAAGCCGGGUUCAACGCAAUGGACGCAGUGAAAUCCAUAACAAAUUCUAACGGAGACAUGCAGAAUAUGAUGCACCGUCUGACACCAGAAGGAGAAUGUAUAAGUACAAUGACCGCUAGUUUACACGGCAGCUUUAAAAGACAAAUCGCUGAACAGAACAGCACAGAAGUUGAAUCACCAUUAGAGUCCCAAUCUCAUACAAAUACAUCCGAUUCUGUCGAUCCAAUAGCAAAUUCUUUGACGAAGUCGAGUAAUGCUUUUACUUCUAAUCAACUUGUGUCUCCUAAUGGAACUAAUUCAGUUACAAGUGGCAUAUUCUCACCGACAAGUCAAAUUAAUUCACCGGUAUCUAACGAUACUAUUUCUUCUAAAAGUGGAGUAUUUUCACCUAUAAGUCAAACUAACAAAAGCGAAAUAUUUUCUCCUAUAUCACGAAGUUCGCCUCUUUCAAAUAAAAAUGUCUUUUCACCGACUUCCAAUAAUUCUUUAAUGUCUCCUGUAACUGGUAAAGAUCGAGAAAAAGUGGUUACUCCUAACACAAAUACGACAAGUUCGACGCCUUCGGGUCGAUCAAGGAGGAGUAAGCACUCCAUGCGCAAGGAGUCCAGACAUUAUCAGGAAUCUGACAUCCUUGAAUCACCAGGAGUAUAUUACAGAAGUUCUUUAAUGGACAAAGUAAGUGAUUAUGAAGAUAUAUGGGGUCCAGAAAGUAAUAACUGCUCGACUUUUAAACCGCCUAAAUCUGAUAAUGACAGUGCCAAUCUAAAUAACGGGAUAAUGAAAAGCAAGAGACCCGACCUCUUACCUGACACACUGCCCAAGCUGAAUGCAGCAAAAAGCACUCAGUCGAUAUUAGAAAAAGAAAACAUGAUAAUACUCAAUUCAAUGGAAAGUUUAAAUGAAAAGAAAAAUCUCUCAGAAAGUUCUCUAAAGAAAAGUUUUAAUGGAUCCAGUGAAAUUAUAGCCACUACAAACAGCAAAGGAGAAAUUGUAGCGAAAAGGCCAGACAAACUUAAUAUUGCUAUGAAUAUGAAUAAGAAAUUGACUGAAGAAAUAGAAGCUGCGCUAAAAAUAAGAGAGAGUCAUACAAUUGAAAGUAUGGAAACGGUCAAGUUGGAAGACGACUGUGGUAAAGGUGAUGAAUCUGAAAAAGAACACGCCGGCAGUCCUUUCUAUGCUGAUCCAGUAGAUGCAAUUAAAGAAGCCGCUCUGCUGCCUCCUGUACAGCGACGAAAGCUGCUGAGAUCUGGCGUAAACGUUUCGCAAAGAUAUUCUGAGCCGCCGACACAAAGUCACCCAUAUUAUCCAUUACGAGAUAUGCACAGUAUUGAGGAACUAUCACCAUCAUCACCUAACACAUCAACAUCGGUCGACAACCUAGUGUCACUGAGGAGCAAACCUAAGAUGAAGCCGGUAGAACCCCCGCGCGUUGCCGCUAAACCACCCAGUGGCAAGAACGAAAACACUUGGGCUGUGGACUCGAGUUGGCAAUUCAUAAACAAAAACGACGAAGGCUCAAACAGUGAGAACGGCACGUUCCCGUCACUAGCGGAACAAGAGAGCAGAUUGGGCGUAGAUGACGCCGCACAACACCUAACAGUACACCAAGUUGUUGCACAGAGAUUCCCUGAACUACAUUUGAACGCGGAGCCAGCGGCGCUGGCGGAAGAAAUUCGCUCGCCACCGAGAGCUUCUUGCUACGACAAUGUUCACGACCUUAGACCUCUCUCUGAACAGGCAAGUGACGAUGGCACUGUGUUUUCUGAGCCUUGGGAUAGUUCUCAGUGGGAUGGUCUCAUACCACCAUCAAAUCUCCAACAAAAUUAUGAAAACGAUGAGCCUUGCGAAUGGGAAUCGCCAAUGCCAAGACGCGGAAAUGCCGUUACAAGAGCUAAGAGCUUCCGGGACAGACUGGACCCUUUAUUAGCGGCAGGGAGAGUACGAGCCUUGCGUGGAGGACGAACGUCUCGCGGUACGGGCGCCGCGUUACGCGCAUACGCACUUCACCUCGCGCAGGAUAAGAGUACAACCUUCGCGCAGAAUGUUGACAACUUUAUCGCCUGCACUUUGGACUCUAAGGAAACUUGCCCUCAAGUAAUGAUGCGAAAUAUGAGGCAAUUCAUGUCAGGAAUGAAAAAUUAUCUUGUGAAACACGGCGAAAGGGAGUUUGAAAAGGAGGUGGAAAAAGAAAGGCUUAAGCUAAAAUCAACGGAAUUCCUUAAUCUGGACGCGAUAUUGGAAGGCGUAAUGCACAGGCUGGUGGUGCGGCCGCUACGGUCUAAGUUGUAUUCAUUACUUGCUUCGUGGCACUCGGCUGAUGUAAGACAGUUACAUGCUGCAAUUGAACGAGCUCAGCAUGCUACACCUUUACAGCUUGGCAUUAAGGAAUCCACGAAAGUCCCAUCUUCAGCGGUAUUAUCAGUAAUCUCAAAACAUUUUCUCAAAAUGCAAGAAGCUGAUUCUCCGUUGGACAAACUUGAAAAUCUUCUCGCUGCUAUUUCAGUUAUGUUCAAUGCGAUACGUGGAGAACGAACUCUCGGGGCUGACGACUUACUUCCCGUUCUCGCAUGGACGGUCGCACGUUGUCGCUUAGUUUGCGCGGAGUUGGAAGCUGAGUUAAUGGCGGGGUUGCUUCCUGCCGCCCUACUGGCGGGGGAGGGCGGGUACUACUUAACUGCACUGUUCUCUGCUGUAGCUGUAUUGAAGAGAUUGGCCCCGGAUUCUGGACCUGACAGUACUGCACCGUGGCGUAGAGGCUCAUCAGAAUCUACCCGCGAGGGCUGCAACGUGGCAGUGGUACGCGUCGCGCUGCCGGACGAAUGCCGCGGGUCGAUACGUCGCGUGGCGCUGCCGUGCCGGCCGGGUGCGCGCGCCAGGGACCUGUGCCGCGCGCUCGCGCACGCUGCGGCCAUAACUAACCCGCAGGACUACGCGUUGUUUGCGUUGCAUGAUGGACAAGAAACAAUGUUGAACGAAAACGAUUGUCCACAAGAGGUAAUGUCAGAGAAAAGUGGACAAAAUUUCAUACUGGCUUACAAGAGGAUAGAUGCGAAAAUCGCUUGGCCACAACAGGCUUUGCUCUCUUAUCCU